AUGGCGAGGUGGAGUCGUGCUGGUGCUAGGAAGACUCCCAACAGCAGCAGCAACAGCAGCAGCAGCAGCAGCAGCGGGAGAGCCAGCGUGCUCUCGCGCUUUCUGCGCAGCUCCACGCUGGAGCAGCAGCAGCAGCAACAGCAGCAGUUGCUGCCGCUGAGCCGCUCGGUGUCUUGCCUAGACGGAAGGUCGGAGGCGGAGCAGCAGCUGCGGCGGCAAGAGGAGCGGCUGCAGCAAGAAGAGCAGCAGCUGCAGCAGCAGCAGCAACUGCUGCGGCAGCUGCAGCAGCGGGCAGCAGACAGGCCCCUGGGGGCCCUCGUUGCUGCUCGCUCUCAAAUGCUGCAGCGGGAGCAGCAGCAGGAUGCUUCGUCGCGCCGCUGCUGCGGCCGCGAGGCCUUUUCUGCUGCGCCUGCGCUGCAGCAGCUGCAGCAGCUGCAGCAGCUGCAGCAGCAGCAGCAGCAGCAGCGGGAGUCCUCGUGCCCCUCAAAAAUGGGCAGCAGCAAAGUCAGAAAACGCAUGCACAGUCUUCCCCCACGGCUUACAGUGUGGGGCGCCUACACUGCUGCUGCGGAUGCCCCCCCCGCUGCAGCAGCAGCAGCAGCAGCAGUAGCAGCAGCAGCAGGAGCAGCGGGAACAGAGCGGCGGCGCAGCGCGCAGCAGCAGCAGCAGCAGCAGCAGCAUUUCGAGAAUGCGUAG